AUGGCAGACAACGCCCCUCCCUCCGCUGAGAAGCUCAGCGGCACCCAGCCAACCGAUGUCACCCCCGAGCAUGACCUCUUGCCUCGCCUGAUCCCGUAUCUCGACCGCCACUUGGUUUUCCCACUGCUCGAAUUCAGCGCCGGCACCGAUGAGGAGGACAAAGAAAUCACUCGCGCCAAGUAUGAGCUGCUCAAGCACACCAACAUGACCGACUAUGUGGCCAACUUGUGGAAGGAGAUCAACGAUUCCGACGAGGUUCCCGAUGAGUUCGUGAAGAAGCGUGAGGAGGUUCUGGCCAAGCUGGAGCACUACCAGGUCGAGAGCGAAAAGAUCACCGAGCUUUUGCAAGACGAGGAGGUCGUUGGUAACCUGCGCAGCGACAAGGCCGCUAACCUGCGGUUCCUUGAGGAGCAGCAUGGUGUGACCACCGAGAUGGUCAACAGCCUUUACGACUACGGUCGGUUCCAGUACAGCUGCGGCAGUUACGGUAAUGCCGCCGAGUUGCUCUACCAAUUCCGUGUCCUGUCGACCGAUAACGACAAGGUCGCCGCGGCUACCUGGGGUAAACUCGCGUCCGAGAUUCUCACCACGAACUGGGAGGGCGCGAUGGAGGAGGUCCAGAAAGCCAAGGACUCGAUCGAGACCCGUCUUUUCAACAACCCUCUGGCCCAGCUCACCAACCGCUCUUGGCUGAUUCACUGGUCACUCUUCCCCUUCUUCAACCACGACCCCGCCCGCGAUGUUUUGACCGAUCUUUUCUUCUCCCCCGCCUACAUCAACACCAUCCAGACCAGCUGCCCCUGGAUCCUCCGCUAUCUGGCCGCUGCCGUGAUCACCAACCGCAGCCGCCCCCACAAGCACCACGGCGCUUACCAGAAGCAACUCAAGGACCUGAUCCGUGUUGUUCGCCAAGAGAACUACGAGUACACCGACCCCAUCACCGACUUCAUCAAGGCUCUGUAUGUCGACUUCGAUUUCGAGGAGGCGCAGCGCAAGCUCGGCGAGGCCGAGGAGGUUCUGCGCAGCGACUUCUUCCUUGUCUCUGCCGCCGACGCCUUCGUCGAGGCCGCUCGUCACCUCAUCUCGGAGAGCUAUUGCAAGAUUCACCAGCGUAUUGAUAUCAAGGAUCUGUCCACUCGUCUGGGUCUGAACCAGGACGAGGGUGAGAAGUGGAUCGUUAACCUGAUUCGCGACACCCGGGUCGACGCCAAGAUUGACUACAAGGAGGGCACCGUCAUCAUGAACCACCCUCCCCAAUCGGUGUACCAGCAGGUCAUUGAGAGGACAAAGGGUGCCUUCUUCCGGACACAAGUCUUGAGCUCCGCCGUUGCUAAAUGA